AUGAACCUAGAUUGUAAUCCUGCAGAUUCCAAUCAAUGUAUCCUGUCGAAACAGUGCCUGCAGCUCUAUCAGCAUCAGUGGCAAAUUGAGGUGGUUGCUGAUAGGGUUGGAUGUGGCAAAAAUCAAACUAGGAAAUCAUUUAAUGCUUCCAAAUCAGACUUCUUUACUAAUAAAAGAAAUUGCUUGGCCUGCAGGUUGGAACUGAAUGCCAAUAAGUACGUGUUGGGUGAGUUCCUCGAAUUUAAGGGCAAGCAAGAAGAUCUUCAGGCUUUGAGUCAGAUUAGAAGAUCUAAAGUUGAGCGUAUUACAGUCCAAAAGACAAGCAUGUUUGGACUAGCUCCUUCUAGGCUCCAAGUGUUGUAUGCAUUGCGCGACUAUAGAACUGAAGGGGCAUCAGAAGCAGAGUGGAAAGAAGUGACUGUAAGAUCAAGCACUGAGAUCAUCUUCCAGCUUGAAAAUUCUUCGAAAGUCCGAAAGUUUAAGCUCUCAUCAGUGAUCUCUCUGACUCUUAGCGCAUGACUUCGCCCCGGUCGGAGAAAGGUUGUGCUUUUUGCUGAUGGCAUCCGCCAAUCUCUCUCUUUCUCUUUUUGCUGAAUGGAUGGGAUGGAUACAUGUAUAUUAUACUUUAAACUUUGCAUGGAAUGGAUUUAAUAACUUAAUUAUGGUCACAUGCAUGAUACAAUGCCUUAGAAAAUAUCUGAGCGUUCAAACGUUUGUUUCUUAUACAUAAUACGUGUUACUGUGUAUAUUAAUGAAAUCAACAGUUUCAUUUGCUAACUAA